CACCGGCUGAGUCGUGAAAGCAGCGAGAACUUGUUGGAAGUAUUAGCUUCAGUCCACACUGCUACCAUCGUCGUUUCAGCACGCAGACUCUAACCAGACGAAGCGGAUCAACAUGGCCGAAUCUCAGCUCGUAAACACAAAUUCGAUCCACCACUUUGCCGGAACCAGACGGCAUUUCUCAUGUCUGCCGAAUGACGUUAUCGUAAAUAAACGGUGAAAAUCCGUGACCCACAGAAAUCCCAUGGAGCCCUGUUACGUAAGAGGCGAGCACACCCUGAGGGUCCCCAUGACGCUUUUUCAAGGGAAUCGUGAACGUCUGUUAAACCGUCUUAGGAAAAAUUCCGAUGUACCUACGAAGGGUGCUUUCGUAAUGCUCCAAGGUGGCGUUGAUGUUCCGUUCAACGAUACCGACAUAGACUGGCCUUUUAGACAGGAAUCCUAUUUCCAAUGGUGCUUUGGAGUGGAAGAACCAGGAUGCUAUGGAUGCAUUGAUAUCACGAGUGGAACUUCAAUUCUCUUCUUUCCACGAUUACCAGCCGAGUAUGCCGUAUGGCAAGGCAAGCUGCACUCGUUGGAGGACUUUAAGAAAAGAUAUGCCGUUGACGAGACCUACUACACCGACCAGAUAGCGCAAGUCCUUAGCGACAAGCAAGCGGCACUGCUCCUCACUCUGUACGGCAGAAACACAGACAGCGGAAAUACCGCGCGCGAAGCUGUUUUCGAUGGUAUUGGGCAGUUCCAAGUUGAUAAUAAUCUUCUCUUUCCCGAGAUAGCGGAAUGCCGUGUAAUAAAGUCUUCGCAAGAGAUAGAGGUGCUGCGCUACGUCGUCAAGAUAAGUUCAGAGGCACACAAGGCGGUCAUGAGAGCCGUAAAGCCGGGUUUAAUGGAGUACCAAGGAGAAUCAGCAUUCUUACACUAUGCAUAUUCCGUUGGCGGAUGUAGAAAUGUUUCUUAUACCUGCAUCUGCGGUUCCGGACACAAUGCCUCCAUUCUGCAUUAUGGUCACGCUGGAGUACCUAACAACAGACUUAUACAAGAUGGUGAUAUUUGCCUCUUCGACAUGGGUGCCAAUUAUUGUGGUUAUGCGGCGGACAUCACCUGCAGCUUUCCGGCUAAUGGGAAAUUUACCGAAGAUCAAAAGAUGAUCUACAAUGCUGUUUUGGAUGCCUGCAAUGCUGUUUUACAGUCGGUUAAACCAGGGGUAUCGUGGGUCGACAUGCACCUCCUCUCCAACAAGGUUCUCUUAACUUCACUGAAGAAGGGUGGACUAUUAAUUGGCGACGUGGAUGACAUGAUUAAAGCUGGAUUGGGCGAAGUCUUCCAACCCCAUGGACUUGGCCAUUUGAUGGGCUUGGAUGUUCACGAUGUGGGUGGAUACUUGCCAGGAUGUCCAGAACGUCCAGUGGCUCCUGGUAUCAGGAAAUUGAGGACUGCUCGCACCUUAUCAGCAGGGAUGGUCCUCACGGUAGAGCCAGGAUGUUACUUUAUUGAUUGCCUGCUGGAUGCGGCGUUAGCCAAUCCGGAACAAUCCAAAUUCAUCGUUCCAGAACGUUUGAGAGAUUUCCGUGGUUGGGGUGGAGUUAGGAUCGAAGAUGAUAUUUUGAUCACGGAAUCUGGUGUGGAAAACAUGACUUGCGUUCCUCGCACUGUUGAAGAGAUAGAAGCUUGGAUGGCCGUUGGAAGGGAUCAAAUAAAAUUACCACAGGAAAGAAGACGUACCGUUGAAUGACUAAACAAAUGUAACCUAAGAUAAUGGCAAGGAAUUAAGUGCGCCGUGGAAUUAAGUUCUAUAUUUUUCGUCAACACGUAUCACUGAAAGACAAACGGGCGUCCAGCGUGGCUCUAUUUAGAAAUAUCUAUAAAAUUAAAACAGCUACAAGCUGUUGAAAAUCAUGUUAAUUGGCAAAAAAAUUAACGCGCAAAUAAAACGCGCCUUAAUUAUUGCCAUACUCGAAAAUAAAUAUACAAAUGACGAGUUCAAUAAUCCGUUAAUACGCUGUAUUAUCAUAAAUAUAAA